UAAUUAUACUAACUGAAAACGCAACGGAAAUCAAAUAAAUUCCCAUCACUACCUUCUUUCUCUGAACUUGUAAAAAAGAAAACCCUAGCUAGCCAGACCCGGAUUCCAAAGAUGUCUGGAGAAGAAGAAGAGAAUGCGGCCGAGCUUAAAAUCGGAGAAGAAUUUUUGAAGGCCAAGUGUUUGAUGAAUUGUGAAGUUGCUUUGAUUCUUGAACACAAGUAUGAGCAGCUUCAGCAGACGUCUGAUGAUCCCAUGAAUCAAGUCUCCCAGGUGUUUGAGAAAUCACUGCAGUAUGUGAAGCGCUUCAGUCGCUAUAAGAAUCCUGACGCUGUUAGACAAGUUAGAGAAAUUCUGAGUAGAUACCAGUUGGCUGAAUUUGAGCUCUGUGUGCUUGGCAACCUUUGUCCUGAGACUGUGGAGGAAGCUAUUGCUAUGGUACCUUCCAUCAAGACCAAGGGGCGGACUCAUGACGACGAGGCAAUUGAGAAAAUGCUGAAUGACCUGUCGCUAAUCAAGAAAUUUGAGUAGUGUUCUUCCGCUCUGUCAGUAUAGACAAUGCAAGACGAGACAUUUGAGGCCUUUGCUGAGUUAUUAUUGCUGUAAUUUUAGACAACAGCUUGUUGUAUCAUAAUAUUUGAACAUUGUUAUAGUUUUCUUGUACUUGUUCUUCACCUCAUGGAGUGAUCCUUAAUCCCAAUUAUGAAUCUGUAUUUCUUACUACAUUAUAAUGAAAUCCCAAGUCUUUAAUUCA